CAGGGCAGGAAUACCGCCAGAGCGAAAGAGAGAGAAUCCCGCGGCGGCGGCUGGCUGUUUCGGAGAGGGAAAGGAGAGAGAGAGAGAGAGAAAGAAGGCGAGCGAAAGAGGGAACCGCGGCGGCGGAAUCGCUUGCUCGCCGGAGAAAGCGGCGGCGCGCCUGGGAGAGAACCAAUCUUCGGCCACUUUGGGGUUAGAUGUUUCCGUCUAAAGUUUAAGUUUUUGUGCUCGGAACUCUCGAUUUCCUCGGACCUUUCCGCGGUUUCUCGUCGCCGGCGACGCCCCUGGUCACGCCCUCCAGACUGACCCACAUCCAUAUCCAGGUUACCCACUUACCCACGAGUCCGCAGCGUUCGAACGGGACUCGAUUCCCGAGUUCCCGUCCGAGAAAGCUGCGAUUUUGAGUUUAGAUGGAGGAGUCCGAGAAGAGGAGGGAAAGGUUGAGGGCGAUGCGCGCGGAAGCCGCUCGAGCUGGUCUCUCGGACAGCCCUGAGGCUUCUGCCGAGGCUAGCUGCCUGGCGAACCCAUUGAUCGAAACGCGUACACCUGAAUCGCUGCACGAGAUGCCGCGCGCCUCGCCCAGGUUCGACUACUAUACGGAUCCCAUGGCGGCUUUUUCCGGUAAUAGGGCGAGGGGCAAUGCCGGGUUCCAACCUCCACAAGCGAAUUUCACCCCUCCUCCGCCUCAUUUUCCAGGACCCAGGAACCUCGUAACAAGUCCCUCUCCUGCGUAUCAGUGGCGUCCCCGUAAUCCACCCAACAGUGGAAUCUACCAAGCAGAAGGUCCCCGCCCAAGAUUCCCUCCCCACCACAGUCCAAGGGGAAAUGUCCACCAUUUUCCAAUGCAAGAUGGGGCUUCUCCUCAAGCUUGGAAUAGAUCCAGCAGCACGACAAGUUACUUUAGCCCAUCCAGUACUCCAGGAAGUGGUACCCAUAAUUUCAAUCAGAUGCAAGAUCGCUCUCACUGUCGUGGCAACAGUCCAGGGCCAAAUUUAGGACAGGGAGGUAAUUAUGCUACAAGUCCAGGCAGAGGCAGAGGCAGAGGCCAAUGGUUUGGUGGCAGCCCCAGGUCAGGGAGGAGUGGUGGAGGAGGUCCGGGACAUCGUGGUCAUGGUUCUACACCGGCUAGGCCACUAGGGCCAGAGCGUUUCUUUCAUGAGUCCAUGUUAGAAGACCCAUGGAAGGAUUUAAAACCUGUUUUAUGGAGAGGUGUUGAUUCUCCGUUCGUUGGUUCCAGUUCACGUGGAUCUUCGAGUCCCUGGAUGCCCGAGUCCAUCAGGCCAAAGAAGCCGAGGGUUGCAGAAUCUCCCAACAAGUUUGGUUCUGGACUAAACCUUGCUGAAUUUCUUGCUGCCUCAUUUAAUGAAACGGUUAAGGAGACGUCAAGCCCAUGAUGUUGCUAUUGUAAGUUUUAGAGUUUUACCCGCUUAUGCUUCAGCCAGAGUGGGGCCACUGAGGGCAUUUAUGCUUGUGGCUGGACGGUUAAAAGGAGAUGCAUAAAUCCUUAAUAUUUACGUCUGGCGUUUUUCUUUCGGACGAUUGUAUUAUUCAUCAGUGAGUAGUUUACUGAGUUAUCGGUUGACAGAAAUUUGUCUAGUUUUUGAAGAGUUUUGUAGUAUUUGAGAAUAUCUUACAAUGUAAAAGUCACCAUCUGCAUUCUCUAGAUGCUAAUGUCAAUAUGUUCAGUAUAUCAUUGC